AGCAUGCCUUACAGGAGGAGAAAUAACAAAUCAUCUGCCACAGCUUCUACUACUGGUGUUAAGCCAGUGUCCACUGGUUCCAUCCUGGCCAAGGAACCACCGGCUGCAGUAGCGAUGUCCCCGGUUCCGACCACAGUGGGAGCCGACUCCCCGCUCGAGCCCAAGUCCCCGAUGGACCCUAUCGAGUCCCCCCAGCCUGCUAUGAGCAACGCGGCUCGUCGACGUAGGAGGCGCCGUAGAGCUCAUAAGGAGGUGGUCCAAGAAGAGCUCGAGGAACCUGAACCCGUGGAGCUUACCAAGAGCCAGCUGAAGAGGAAGAAGAGGCUCCAGAGGAAGGCAGAAGCUGAGCAGGAUCAACCUAGGUCCAUCAAGGCGGACCCAUCGCUCUUCCCUCCCGUUCCUGACUACCCGUCGAAGGCUAAGAUGGACGCUAUCAUCAGCGCUACCACGAAGAACAAAUUGCGAGAUCUCGAAUGGGCAGAGUUCCAGUCACUUGUUAACUCGCUUGACAAGCAGGUGGAGGAGAUACGUGCUGAACUGCCUCCCAAGCCGAAGGAUAAGAGGCAGACUACGAUGCGUCUGCGGCAGCAGAUCUAUGAGCUGUCUCAGCUGCCGCCCUCGGACGAGGUCACUGGCAUGUUGGAAUCGGCUGAGGAGGAGCUCAUCCCGACGGCGGCUCACGAGAUGUUUAAGAAUUUACAGCAUCGUAUGGUGUUGGUGAAGAAGGAGCUUAGUGAAGGGCAAGAGGAGCAGAGAGAGAAGAAGAGGCAACAGAGGGAGGAGGCUAUCGAGAGUCGACGGGCUGCGAGGCUCGGCAAGAUGCUCCGUCAAGAGGUUACUCAUCUGCAUGAGGCGGAGCUGCCGAUGAUAUCCACAGGAUUUGAGGAUGGCGUUCAGGCUCGUUUGAUCGGCUUGCUCUUCCCUCCCGAAGGCCAGCCUUCGAUCUUGCCUCGUCUGGAGAGGUUCACUACGGCCCUUCUCGAGCCUCUCUAUGGCGAGACGGGUUUGGUGCGUGGGGUUCGUGUCUCUGCCAAUUCGGAGGAGUCUCUGACUAGUGCGGUGCAGCAGUUGAAGCACAUCGACGUCAACAAUGUCGUACGCGUGCCCAUCCCUAAUGACGUCCCUGGUGCCCGUAGACGCGCUGGCGAUGUGGUUCGGAAGCUGGAGGCCUCUGAGCAGUCUCUCUUCAUCACCUUUGGUAACGCGGACAUAGCCGUCCACGGUCCUGUCAAUGGGACUGCGGUCAAGCAGGCAGGAGAUGAUAUUAAGGCGGCUAUGCGGGCUGCUGCCGACAGAGCUCAGAAUUCGGUUACUAGGGUGGUCACGGCCGACACGGAGACGCUACGAUGCGUGAUGGGCGAUGGUGCGAUGGGUCUGAGGAAGAUACAGUCCCAGAGUGGGUGCUCUAUACAGGCAAGGUUCAAUGACCAGCAUGCUACGGUCACGGUGAGGGGUCCGACCGAGGCUAAGGUUAAUGAGGCUUGCAAGGCCUUGAACGACGCCAUUAAGGAGGUGGCUCGAGUGGAGGUACCGGUGAAGACAGAUGAGCAACGAGAGAAGCUGUUCGCAGCCAAUGGGCUAUUGGCGCCCCGUCUGUCUGUUAUCAAACGAGAGUAUCGGGGCGGCUGUCGUUUUGUGAAGGAGGCGGAUGGAAAGAAGAUAACCGUUAUGUCACAAACACAGGAGGAAGCGGAUCAGGCUGGCAAGGAGUUGCGCAAGUUGGUUGAGGAGGCGGCCAUGACCUUCGAGACUAUACCGGUUCCGAGUGACCACGUCAGCGUUUGGAUGCGGCCUGCAAAUGUCGAGCUAUUGCGGUUGAAGAACCACCUCACUCGAGCCUUUUUCCAACGUGGUGGCAAAGGGGCUGGGAAGGGGAACUCUGGCCCGACACUGGAGCUAGUUGGUACCCCUGAAGCUGUUGCUAACGCCAAGAAGGACAUACCCAAGGUGGUUACUGAUGCUGAGGUUACCGAGACAUUUGCUGUGCUUGGGGCAUGUAGUGGUGAUGGUAAACUUGUUGAUGCCGUUAUCGGCACACUGAUGAGAGAUCGGGCAGCACGGCUGAACCAGAUUGGGAAAGAGACGGGCACCAACCUCACUCUGUUGGGAGGCAGUGGUAAAGGAAGCGGUCGAUCGCCGGUUUCCCGCGGUCAGAACGGUAUGCGUAGGGAUAUCCGACUCGUCGGCUCUAAGGCUGAUGUCGUUCAGGCUAAGAGGAUGCUCGGCCAACUCGUUAACGACUUGAAAGAUGCCACGAGCUCGACGGAGACGAUCGAGUUCACCAUUCCUGAAGACACCGUUAGGUUGGUGAUUGGAGCCAAGGGCAGGACGAUACAGCGUAUCAAGGCGGUCUCUGGCGUUUCCUCGAUCGAUUUUGAGCACGCGGAAGAGGGUGUGUCCAAGUGUCGGAUAAGUGGACAACUGGAAUCGAUUUCCCGAGCUGAGGAGAUGGUCAAAGCCAUUUCGGCGGGAGAGCGAGUUGACUUCACCAAGAAGGUUGAAGAACAGGGCAGUUCAGAAGCACCGGCGAUUGAAUCUGCCCAACCUGGUCCGCGGGUCCUCAAGGCGCAGGCCGGGUUCAAACCAUCAAACAACGAUAAAAGAACAGGAAAACGGAAUCAGCAAAAAGCUGCCGCUAAAGCUGACUCUGGAGACGACGAAGAGUUCCCUGCCCUCAGCGCUAUCGUCAGGAGUGGUCUAGCUGCAGCUGACUGA